AUGCGUGAUCCAGAGACACUUGUAGAAUCGGAACGAGCUUCGAAUAACCCAUCGCGACCGUCUGCCCUCCCGAAAAAGAGAACAUGGCGCCUUCGACGAGCAAAGCCAGCGGCACCAAACCACCCGUCUUCAAGUUCUUCGUGGGUAGUAGGUCCAAGGUCAGGACAGGAUGCAUCACUUGCAAGCAGGAAAUGUGAUGGUUAUGCCCCGCCACAAUCGAGGAAGAAGCGUCAAGAUAGCGCGUCUGGGCCGACUAAGGUCAAACCUGAACCCAACCCCGCCGCAUCAGUAAGAUCCGAAAUUAUGAGACUUAUGUCCAAAGACGGCGUCACCACAAUGCUCGGCCAAUUUCCGGACUGCACUCCCCGAGAGAAACGAUCCUUGGACUUUUUCUAUGAAUGGAGCACAGCUAAGAUGGCGGGGUGGCACGGAAGAGAGUUCUGGUAUGGCCAUGUGCCCAGAGCGGGUUACUCGGAGCCUGCGGUCCGGCAUGCAAUGAUCGCGCUGGCGAUAACGCAUGAGCAGAUGGCCGUAAUAAAUGAUGCGAUUCCAAACGAUCCCAGGAUGGACAAGUCGGUUUGUCUGGCUCGCAAGAUAUUUGCUCUUCAGCACUACAGCAAAGCCGUCACCCGACUUGCUAAAAUCAUGGCCGAGAGAGGUGGCGCCGUUCAGAAGCUUGCCUUGAUCAACUGCUUGAUAUUUGUGAUCAUUGAUUUCCUGUGGGGAAACGUCGCAACGGCCAUGGUCCACGUCCAGAGCGGCGCCGAUAUCCUAGAGCGGUGGAGAAAAAAGCAUGGAAAAGAGGCCGACGUGGAAGGUUCGCUGGAAGCCAUGUUGGUUACACUGUUUAACGGCACGAAUUUCGGGAGGUUUAGUGCUCCCACCAAAAAGGCGAUGGUAGAUGAGCCAGAGCGCGACUACUUUGUCGACCUUGCAGCAGCACGACAAUCGAUAGAGGAUAUCACCGGAGACGCUAACGCGCUCGACCGCGAGGGCGCUGCCCACGAGGAUAUGCCCAAGGAUGAUCUACCCACGGCCCGAAACCGGGCGCCUGCAGAGGAUCAUCGCCAAAGGUUGGAGGUAUGGGCUUCGAAGUUCGAGGGGCUUCUAAGUACCUUAGGACCGGAUCUCGUCCCCCAACAAGAGGAAGAGAUUGCUGCGAUGCGAGUCUUAUAUUUCUCGGGACUCGUCUGGAUCUGGGCGUGCGCUGAUCCCCAACCGGCACAACCUCUCGAAGUAUUCGGCCAGCUGAUUUCCGUGGCGGAGGAUCUGGCCAAGGUGUGUGUGCGCCAUGGCGAAGACGCUACAUAUCAUAUUCGCAAAUGCAUCUACGAUACAAGAGUCUGCUUCUCGUACUCAUUCAUCGCCAAGAGUUGCACUGAUAUUGGCAUUAAAGAGAGAGCUAUGGCCCUUCUUGCCAAGAUUGCUUCGGGUAUGGAGGGCAAGGCUGUCAAAUUGAGAGAAGGCCUUGUCAAAGUAGAGAGCCGAGAGGAUAAUUGGAAAACCUGGGUGAAGAUGACGGGAGUGGGGAGCUGA